GGAAACGAACAGGCAAAAGAGGCUGUUCAAAACACCAAACUAAAGCCUAUGCGAGAAAUUUUUAGAAAGGGAGCUAAAUAUAAUAUUAAUCGAUUACAGGGUGAAUCUUUUCGUGAAGAAUAUAUUACUACACCUCAAAUUCAGGUUGCAAAUAUACAAUGGAAUUAUAAUCAAACAGAGGAUGUUAUUAAAGUGGAAAUUUGGGAUGUGGUUGACAGGGGUAUCAAUCCGACAAAUAUUAAUAUGAGGCCUACGACAUCAAAUGCUGCAUUGAAAAUUGAAAAUUCACAAAUACCGACGAAACCACAACUAUCCAGUUCUCCGCUUCAGUCACCGGAUCAACUUUCACUCGAUGCUGCAACUAUAGAUGUAUAUCGCAAUACACAUGGUGUGAUAUUGUUGUUUGAUAUUACCAAAAAUUGGACAUUCGAUUACGCUAUUAAAGAAUUAAGGGCUAUUCCUAAAAAUAUGGCUGUAUUGUUGCUGCGAUCUCAGGCGGUAUCGGACAUCAAUCGUGAACGAAUAUCAGAAUAUCCUUCGGCUAAUAUGGUUCGGUAUGUGGAAACUAGCAUGUUAAAUGGGCUUGGUCUAGAGUAUAUAUACAAGUAUUUUGGGGUUCCUUUCUUACAAUUACAGAGAGACAUUCUUCGCCAGCAAUUGGCUUCAAAGACAAAAGAAUUGGCAAAACUUCUUGAUACACUGGACCUCGAUGACAAUGUUUCUAAUCCAGUCAAAAAGCGACACAGUACUACACCAGACGUUACCGGAGUAAAAGAUGUAGAACCAGAAUUAAGAAAUGAUCAUUUAGAAGAAGAAAAAAUACAGUUAAAAAAAUUAUGGAAUAAAGAAUUUGAAGAAUUAUCUCAGCAAAAAGAAUCAGCUGAAUCAUUAAGUUCAACGCUACCGAAAUUACAAGUGGAGCAACCUUUAUCAGAUACUCUUUUAUAUAAACGUCCAAAAGCAACCACUCCUGAUAUAACAAUAAUUGAUGAAUUCAACGCUGGAGAUUUAGAAGAUGAUUUUUUUGAUGAUACUCCUGAUCCGGUUGUUGUAUUGCCCCCGGUCAUCCAAUCUAAAAACGAUGAAGUAGAAGAUAUAGAUUCGAAAAAUCCAAUGGUUGCAGCUGAUGAGGACCUUGUUGGAGUUGAAGGUUAUGAUGAUGUAGAGGAGGAUAAACCAAAUGUCCGCCAGAGUUUCAAUAGCGGUCUUAAUGUUGUUUGGAAAAAUCGCUACAAUAAUGUAACUUUAGCAAGUCGAAUAAGCGAUAGUAGUGAUGACGAUUUAACACAAACGAUAUCUGAACAAAGAGAUUUAGAUCAUACUUUUGAAGAAUCGUCUUUUGAUACUGGAGGAACGCCAAGUGGCUACGAAGAGAUUGGUGAAGGACAAGAUAAUCCAUGGUUAUAG